CAGCGAAUCUGAGUUAAGCCAAGACGAAGAGGCAGAUGUGGUAACGGAAGACAGGGCAUUCGACUUUGACGAAGUGGAUGAGAAGUCCUUGGCAGUCCAACCCACAGCCGCCAACAAAACCCCACAACACAGAAGUACUGGCACUCUUUUGUUCAAAAAAUACGAACGGCUGGGCAAAAUCGGAGAAGGAGCCUAUGGUAUUGUAUUCAAGUGCAGAGAUAUCACUACAGGACGUCUUGUCGCCAUCAAACAGUUCACGGCAACUGAAGAUGACCCUGUUAUACGCAAGAUUGCAAUGAGAGAAAUAAGAAUGCUAAAGCGACUGAAGCAUCCCAACUUGGUCAACCUGAUUGAAGUUUUUCGAAAGAAAAAGCGUCUAAAUCUGGUCUUCCAGUAUAUUGAUAAUACACUGCUAAAUGAGAUGGAACAACGGCCUAGAAGAUUGGACCGAAACAAAAUCAGAAAAAUUACCUGGCAACUCCUCCUGGCUACAGACUUUUGUCAUCAGUCCAACUGCAUUCAUCGUGACAUAAAACCGGAAAAUAUUCUAAUCAGCAGAACUAACGAAGUGAAGCUUUGUGACUUUGGGUUCGCUAGAUUUUUGACUGGUUCAGAAGGACAGUACACAGAUUACGUGGCCACAAGGUGGUAUCGAGCUCCGGAGUUGCUUGUUGGUGACACUCAGUAUGGUCCGCCAGUGGACGUCUGGGCUAUUGGUUGCGUGUUCGCCGAACUCGUAACGGGUGCUCCGCUAUGGCCGGGAUCGUCCGAUUUGGAUCAGAUAUUUUUAAUUACAAAAAAUCUUGGAAAUUUGUAUCCAAGGCAUCGGAAAAUAUUCGAGGAGAGUAAAUACUUUGCCGGGAUUCAGAUACCUGCUAUCACAAAUGUGGAGCCUUUGGAGAAGAGGUUUGAGAAAACCAACGGAAAUGGCCUGAAUAGCAAGGAAAUGGAUUUCCUUCAGUGUUGCGUUCGGAUGGAUCCGUCCGAAAGAUGGAGUUGUUCGGAUUUGCUCAAGCAUCCCUAUUUUAUUUCGACUGGCUCCACGGAAAAACUCAACCGGGUUCCUUGCAGAGUUCAAGAACUCAGCAGUUCAUUACUAUGUGAUUCAAACACGACCACCGGGCAGUCUUCUCAACACGCCAAGAUGGAACGAAAUCAAGCGGGGUCCGAUUCGAUCUGUGCUGCAAGAACGGAUCCAAAAGUCUCAACCAAUACACAGCUUGCAAGCAUUUCCUAUCCGUUCAAGACAACCCUAAACCCCAGAAUGCGGUUUGGCAUUUUUAAUCAGAAAAACGCUAUCCAAUGGGAUCAGAAUGGCCGACGGCCUGGUCAAAAUGUCGGAACGCAUCAUGCAUUUUAUCGUGUCGCCACAAACAAUCUGCACACUACUCAAGCCCACUUCGGCACGUCUCAUCCAACUGGCCCAGUGAUCCGUCCGGUCCACAUGGGUCAUGCGCAAGUGGCUGUGAAUAACACUCAAGCAGUUCCGUUUGGAUUACCGUUGGCUAAUGCAAAUCAGCUAUCUUCCCCUCAUGCACUGACCAGCACACUUGUUGGUGCGGUUGCUGGGCGUUCCAUUGCACCAACGCAGGGUGGCAGUUAUUCAAACCAAACGAGUUUGGGAACCCUUCAGGCAACUGGGACAAAAUCCACAAGUUCGCGGUCCCCGAUUCAUGGAACCAAACUCCAGCAGACGGAAGAAACCCUAUCCCUUCAUCAUGGAAUGCCCGCCAUACCCCACCGGUCGAAAGGUUCCACAACGAACUUACCAAAUGCAUAG